AAGAAAAAAACGACAUGGCGCUUUGCAGGUUGUCGUGUUUUGUUUCUCAUGCCGUAACUCCUUUGAGUCGAACCUUUAAGACUAACAAAAUUGUAUGCAGUUUGGUUCAAACUAAAUUAGCAAAUCAAGAAAGAACUUUCAGAAAAUCAUAUGGCAGGAUCUUAAGAGUUAUGAAGGCUCGACGUAAAGUGGCUGGUCCAGAACGAAUCCGGAGACGAAGCGAGUGGUACAACUGGAAUUACCAUGCUGAAAUAUAUGCAUUCAAUAAACGUUUGCACGAAAAUAUGUCAGAAGAUACGUUAAAGCAGGCUUUUGUCCAUGAUUCCUAUCUGGAAUCAGAAAAGCAGAAAAGAACAGAACUCGGACUUCAGGAUGUCUCAUUAGACCUGAAAUCUAAUUCUGGUCUUGUUUCUCUCGGGCACGACACGAUGAGAAACUUCAUCUUCAGGUAUUUGAGGCGCUGUUUCGAGAAAGUUCCAGAGGAGGGAAUAGAAGCGUUGCAUGAAUACUUGAUGUCAGAAGAAGUUCUCUCUCAUGUGUCGUACAACUUGGGAACUUCUGAGCUCAUUUUCUGCGCGGAGUACCCCCCUGAAAAGAAAACUCUUGUUUCUACAUUGAAAGCUAUCAUUGGUGCUAUUGCUACGGAUGAUUCUGUUCCUCGUGCAGAAAAUUUUGUCUUGGAUUUCGUAUGCCCACAGCUCGUAGGCAAAGACAUUUUUGAAAUAUGGGACAUAGAGGACCCAGUUAUGGUCUUGAACUCCAUACUUACCAGGCAUGGUCAUAAGCUGUGUGAACCGAGGCUGAUCUUUGAAGCUGGUCGGAACACUUUAGAGGCGAUUUAUCAUGUGGGCCUGUAUUGUGAUCAGGUGUUUUUAGGCAGAGGAACUGGAGAGACUCUAACCUUUGCUCAAGAAAUGGCUGCCUAUGAUGUAUUAAGAAGGCUCUUUGACUUGGAAGAAUCAAGAAAGCCUAUUCCUUUUGGAGAAAGUGCCCGAAAAUUAAAUUUCAGCAAUACAAAGGUUCAUGCAUCAUUAUGUGAGUGGUUUACAGAAGAAUUAAAAAGAGAUUUGCUGUCAGUUGCCUAAAAUAAAUAUUUUUACCUGUUUUAGAGUUGCAAAUUUUUGUAUUACAAUUUCUUUCAAUUUAAAGGUAUUAGAAUGUUAAAUUAAUU